AUGAAGCUUGGUACUACAAAGGUUCAGUUUAUAAAGCAAAGGAUAUCCUUCAGUCAUAGUCCACUGGGUUUAUCUACUUGUAAGUCAGCCCUUCUUCAGAACAUAGGACACAAUCAUGCAUACUUCCAAGUUCUUGACUCAAACCCAUUGCCUGGAAUGCUGAUCACCCCUUCGGAAGGGGUGGUACCUGUGGGAGGCCACGCUGAUCUCAAAAUCUGUUUUACUCCGAAUGCAAAAAUGCGUUUUGAUACAAAAGUGGAGGUAGCAGUACGAAAUUCAGAAGUACUAGAGCUUAGGAUCGCUGGAUUUGUAGAGGUCCCUGAAAUAAACAUUGAUGUGGAACUACUUGACUUUGAUGGUGUUUAUGUUGGUUCUAUAAAAUCAAUUCCCUUUUUGCUGCAUAACAAAGGACAAUCAUGCACCAGAGUAGAGUUUGAUUUUUCUAAGUAUAAGGAUUUUAAGUUGAAUGUUAACGACCGUUCAGUUGCCAAGGUGGAUGAUCCACCUGCUAGCAGCAGUGUCAGGCAUGAUUGGGUGGCAGCAUAUGACUUCACUCUUCAACUUAGUACUCCUAGAACUGACUUCCCAUUGACAGAGCCAAACCCUCCACCUGCAGCUUCUGCGAAACACGUCGUUGCUCCUCAGCUACAGGCGGUGACUGUGACUGUUCCAUUUUGUAGAGUUAAAGCAGUUGGGUCGAUUACUGUUUUUGAAAGUGAGAGUGAUGAAAAUAUGGAUGAAGAGUGUGAAGCUGACAGACAAAGCGAUGGGAGUGAAAUUAAAUUUGAGUUAUCAUUUUUUCCUGAUGAAGACAAAGAGGAGUUCAUGUUUUUCCAGAAAACUCUAACUGCUGUUAAGAAUUGGUUCACUCUCUUUGGUUGGUCUGCCGGACAAAAUCCUGUUUCAAUACCAUAUUCACUAAGACGUGAUGUGUCUAAAGUCUGGAUGAACUCUCCACAAGAAAAGGCCUUUAUACAAAACCUGGGCAAAGAUGGUAAGACUGUUUAUGACAUGUUGUUACAUCUGAGUGGACAGUUAGCAGCCAUUAAAUCGAGCCAGUCAUUGCCCCUUGAUCCAGUUGAACGAAUGUCACAGCUGCACGGGGAGUGUUCUACAUUGCUUGCUUUCCUUAAAAGCCAAGGAGCGUAUCUUCCUCAUGUUAUGCCGGAAUUUCUGCUGGAACCUGAUGAUUAUAAACAAUGGAUUGAAGUGCAAACUGUGCUGAAAGUCCAAAAAUCUGAGUUGAAAAAAGGAGAUAAGAAACAUUCAGACAUAUUUAGCAACAAGCAUCUACCCAUUCUGGAGGAUAGUACAUUUGAGACAGUGAGCAAACGAGCCUGGACAGAUGUGUUACUCCAAAUAUACAAGGUGUUUGUUCUUCCACGAAUUUUUUCUCAUAAUAAGACUGAUCUCUUCAGCUUGGAAAGCACGCAGAAUGUCCCAAAAAUAAAAUCAGAAACUUUAUCCAGUAAUAUAUAUUCUUCAUAUGAACGAACCAUCCUCACCUGGUUGAAUAAACAUUAUGAGAAGAACCGAAGAACUAUGUGGAAAGAUUGUCAGAAAGGUGAAGUACCACCGAUGAGAUGGAUAGUAAAUUUUGACCGAGAUCUUCUGGAUGGUCUGGUGUUAGCAGCACUGCUGGCAUCUUAUUGUCCAUAUUUGAUUGCUACUCACUUUGUAAGGAUGUAUACUAAGCCAAGAACUUCUGCACAGCUUCUGCACAACUGUUUGAUACUUGUGAGUGCUAUGCAUGCUGUCAGUCUGGCUAUAGACAUAAAGGCGACUGAUGUCUGUGAUCCAAACCCAGUCAUGAUGCUUAUGCUGUGUGUCUAUCUAUAUGAAAAUCUCCCUCACUACUUACCCACGAAGACUAUAGAAUUUACAGGUGCUCUCCAUGAAACUGUUGUUAAACAGAUGUGUCUGAAAAACCCAAGCAUUAAAACCUUGAGGUACAAUGCUAUGCUUGUCGGAAAAGAUGCUGAUGAUUUCUCAUUACCUAAAGGAAACACUGUCAACGUUGCCCCUAAGAUAUAUUAA